AUGGAUAUACAAACAAAAUCCAGCAUUCACCCUGAGACCCAUGAGUCAACACCAUCCACCAAGUCUCUUGAGCACAACAUCGAGACAUCAAACACUGAACUAGAACGCGCCCUCCAUGGCCGUCAUCUUCAAUUCAUCGCCAUCGGCGCUGCGGUCGGUACAGGCCUCUUCAUCGGAACAGGAAAUGCCCUAGCCACAGCUGGACCUGUCUCCCUCCUCAUCGCCUUCAUAUUCGUCGGCACGCUUCUCUUCUCCGUUAUGACAGCCCUGGGCGAGAUGGCAGCGUACAUACCCGUCGCCGGUGCCUUUACGACAUACGCGACGCGUUUCCUGGACCCGACGUUUGGUUUCGCUAUGGGGUGGAUUUACUGGUUCAGUUGGUCGAUCACCUUUGCUCUCGAAUUAACAGCCGCGGGUCUGAUUAUUCAAUACUGGGAGAAAGAUCUGAAUAUCGGCAUUUGGAUAGCUGUGUUUUGGAUUUUCUUUACUGCUGCCAAUUUCAUGCCCGUUCGUUGGUUUGGGGAAUUCGAGAUGUGGUUCUCCAGCAUUAAAGUCGUCACCAUUGUCGGCUUUAUUAUAUUUUCUAUCUGCGUCAAUGCAGGUGUUGGCGACCAAGGUUAUCUUGGCUUCAAGUACUGGAAAGAUCCUGGUGCUUUCAACGAACACCUCGUGGAGGGGGAUGUGGGACGUUUUGUUGGCUUCUGGUCUGUCUUGGUCACAGCAGGAUUCAGCUACCAAGGUUCGGAAUUAGUGGCUAUUGGAGCGGGAGAAACCAAGGAUCCUCGAAAGACUAUCCCAUCAGCCAUGCGCUGGACAUUCUGGGGCGUCUUUUCCAUUUUCAUCGCGACAGUGUUUUUCCUCGGCCUCAACAUUCCCUCGACGAACAAAGACCUCCUCAGCGGAUCGCACGAUGCUUCAGCAUCUCCUCUUGUAAUUGUCACACAAUUGGCUGGCGUACCAAUUCUUCCCUCGAUUCUCAAUGCAGUUCUGUUGACCGCUGUGUUAACAGCUGCCAAUUCGGACGUGUAUUCCAGUAGCCGAAUCCUUAUCUCCCUCGCAGAUUCCGGCCACGCCCCAGCAUUCCUGAAGAAAACGAACCGAUUUGGAACUCCGUAUAAUGCUGUUGGUGUCUGUGCAGCUGUAGGAUUUCUGUCAUUCCUCAAUUUGUCGAAUGAUGGAACUGUUGUUUUCGAUUGGUUCCUGAGCAUCACGUCUGUGGCAGGAUUCAUUGCAUGGGCUAUCAUUUCUCUGUGUCACAUUCGAUUUAUGAAGGCUCUGUCGCUCCAAGGUCUAUCUCGAUCUGAUUUGCCGUACGUCGCGCCGUUUCAACCUUAUCUGUCUUGGUACGGGUUGUUCUUCAGUGUCUUGAUUAUCAUUACCAGUGGAUUUGAGGUGUUCAUCAAAUGGGAUACUAGCAAGUUCUUUACUAAUUAUAUUAGCUUGAUAUUGUUUCUUGUCAUGGUGGUUGGACACAAGCUGGUUUUUAGGACCAAGACAGUUCCACUCUGUGAGAUGGACCUAAUCACUGGUAGCGAAAUAUAG